GGGAGAGCACGGACCCGGAAGCGGAAGUCCAGGGGUCACCCGUCAUUUCCUUUAGUGAGAGGAGCGCAACGGCUCUCUUUUUCCUUCGCUCGGCUGAUAUCUCAGCAUGAAGGAGGUAAAGAGCGAGCGGGAGCGAGGGAGCCGACGGAGGCACCGCGACGGGGACAUGGUGGCGGCGGCGGCAGCGGCGGCGGUGGUGGUGAAGGUGAAGCAGGAGCGCCUCAGCCCGGAAGCCGCGCCUCCCGCCCACCGCCGCCCAGAUUCCUCUGGCGGUAGCGCGUCCCCGCCGGCCGGCGAGCCGGGCCGCCCUGGUCACCGAGGGAACCGAGCCCGAGGAGGUAGCCGGUCCCCAGCCAAAAAGAAAAACAAGUCCUCAGGGAGAAGAAGCAAGUCUCCACGAAGUAAGAGAAGCCGAAGCCCUCACCACUCGACAGUCAAAGUGAAGCAGGAACGCGAGGAUCAUCCCCGGAGAGGACGGGAAGAUCGGCAGCACAGGGAACCAUCAGGCCAGGAACACAGGCGAGCUAGGAAUAGCGACCGUGACAGACACAGGGGCCAUUCCCACCAGAGGAGAAGCUCUAAUGAGAGGCCUGGGAGUGGGCAGGCUCAGGGACGGGACCGAGACAUUCAGAACCUCCAGGCUCAGGACGCAGAGCGGGAGUUUUACAAUGCCCGACGACGGGAGAAUCGCCAGAAGAACGAAGUUAGUGCCGGCGGUAAUGAGCCUCAGGAGUUGGCUCCCCGACCUGGUGGCAACAGUAAGGACAAAGAGGCGCCCGCUAAAGAAAAGCCAAGCUUUGAACUUUCUGGGGCACUUCUUGAGGAUACCAACACUUUCCGGGGUGUCGUCAUUAAAUACAGUGAGCCCCCAGAAGCACGGAUCCCCAAAAAACGGUGGCGCCUCUACCCCUUUAAAAAUGAUGAGGUGCUUCCCGUCAUGUACAUCCAUCGGCAGAGCGCCUACCUCCUGGGCCGGCACCGCCGCAUAGCGGACAUCCCAAUCGAUCAUCCCUCCUGCUCAAAGCAGCACGCGGUCUUUCAGUAUCGGCUUGUGGAAUAUACCCGUGCUGAUGGUACAGUUGGCCGAAGGGUGAGGCCCUACAUCAUUGACCUUGGCUCAGGCAAUGGAACAUUCUUGAAUAACAAGCGCAUUGAGCCACAGAGAUACUAUGAACUAAAGGAAAAGGACGUACUUAAAUUUGGGUUCAGCAGCAGAGAGUAUGUCCUGCUUCACGAGUCCUCUGACACCUCCGAAGUAGACAGGAAAGAAGAUGAGGAUGACGAGGAGGAGGAGGAAGUAUCUGACAGCUAGCAAACUAAGAACCAACCCAAACUCUGGAGAGACCUCUUCUUUCUUUGAAGGUUUUGGGAUUGACUCAGAGAGUACAAGGGUGCUCUCUGUAAUGCCUCUUAUUGCCUUAAGUCUUUCCUCUGUUGCUGACCAGCGUAUGUUCUAGUAUAAGAAAACUGACCUGUGUUUGGUUGAACUUUUUCCUGUGGCACAUCAGCCACUCGCCUAUGGGCAUUUGUUUUCAGAACAGUCUCACCAACACAUCGUGUUUCAGUAGAAGCAUUGUGGCUUUAGUUGGUGCUUCCAGAACUGCUGCCUAGGAGACUAUGAACCCUUGGAUAAAGGGGAACUGUGGCUUGUUCUCUUUGUACAGUUACUUUAUUUAUAUAGGUGUUAAGCUUCGUGGACUGGGUUUGUUUUUGUUUUGGGGGCAACCCCCUGAACAGAGAAUCUUACUAAGCUUUGGUUGUCACCAAAACAGCCUCCAGUAUAUACCAAAGCUUUGACCUGGUUGAGCUCUUGAGUCACAGAAGUUGAUUUUUGCACUUCAUUUUGGGGGGGAGGGGUGGGAAUGUACCACAUGACCUCAUUAUUGAUAAUUGGACUUGAACAGAUGCUUUAUGGAACCUGCUUCAGCAUGGACUGUAAAGGUCCUGGCUUCUGCCAGUGGGUGCGGAUGUAAUGUCACAAGAAGCUGAACUGGAGCAUAGAUCUGUUUCUUGUGAAGAGUUCUGAUUUCUCCAUAGAGCAUGUACAGAACAAUUUUGAUCAUCUGUUCAACUUUGCAUUUUCAUUCAAAUGUUAUCUCCUUCCUUCUUUGCAAAACAGUGUCAGUUUCGUAGCAGGGUCCUUGCUUUAUUCUAACAACAUAUAUAUAUGUCUAAAGGAGGUUGUGUAGUUUACCCAUUUCAUCUUUUCAAAAACUGUUCAGAGAGGUUGUAUUUACCUUCCCAAGGCCAGAAAGCAAGGGAAUUGCCCUGUUUCCUAAUUUUCCACCAGAGGAAUAUGUGUAAGUAGCAGAGUCCUAACUACUUGCAUAUAUCGUGUGUUUGUGCGUAUGUGUGUGUAUAUAACAUUGCGUGUGAAAGAGCUGCAUAUUGAUUUUCAUAUGGGAAUGUUUUGUGACGUAAAUGUAAUACUACAUUAUAGGCAAAGGCCUCCCUGCAUUUGAAGAGCAGGUUUUCAUUUAUAUGUAUUUUUGGGAUAAAAAAAUAAUAAUAAAAUUUGUAAAUACA